CCUGGAGGGAGAGAGGGAAAGGUAUAAGAACCAGGAUGGACGCGGCUUCAAAUCCAGUCUUGGUACAUCGAAAUAAGUCAACGACUCACUACACUCAAUCCAUCUCUGCAAAAUGAAGUUCUCUCUUGCCACCAUCGCGGCCUUUGCCAGCGCUGUCUCUGCCGCUACUCUUCCUUCGGCGUUCACCCUUGUCGCUGAUGGCGGCUACACGGUCCUCACUGACGGCCAGUACCUCUACGUCGGCGGCAACACCACCUCCAACGAAAUCGCCAUCUUCCACUCAACCCCCGACACCGGCGCCGUAACCUUCACAUCCAAGAACUCCGUCCCAACAGGCUGGCAGAACCUCUACGUCGUAGAAAAGGACGUCCUCCCCGUCGGUCUGACGCGCCCUCACUCGGGCGCCGUCCCCGAGGGCGCCAGCAUCAACGACUUUGGCGUCACCGACGACGGGUACUUUGACCAUGCAGGCAAGGAUUACUUUGCCGUCGAUGGCUACGGGAGCAACCCGCAGAAGACGAUUUACUGGUAUGGAUCGCAUAAUAGCGAGUACAAGGCUGUGAGCUUGUGGGUGAAGGAGUUUAGGGAGUAAACUCGGUUCUCAUUGGGAAGUUGGAAUCGCGUAGAUAUAACUAGGGUGCAGUGGUUUCUCCAGAUUAAAUGAGUCGCAGCAAUAAUCAAUCCGUUCCCUUGUUAUUCCGGUCCAUUUUGGCUUUCUUAAAGGCCUUGAUCUUGUCUUCCACGGGCAUAUUGGCGAAAAACAGCCCGGGAAGUCUAGGGUACUCAUUGAGAUCCAGGCCUUCCUUUUUCAUCUUUCCCCAAAUGUGUGCUAUCGUAGGUGUGUCAAUUAUGGCUAUUGUUUGGCUCACCGGUCUCCAGUACUUCAGCUGCUUGCAGACGCUGCAUCGACGUCGUGGAGCUAGGUAUCUCGGAAUUCUUUCAAUGGUCC